AUUUCACAUCAUUUUCUCAGUCAAGUUGUUCUUUUGUUUGUUGUCUUUGUGUUGAAUUCUGAGGUUUUUAGAUUCUGGGUAGUGUUAGUAGAUUUCGAUUCUAUUCCUUUGUGGUUCUUUUUUUUUUUCUCUCUCUCUAGGAAGAUGAUUAGUUUUGUAGUCUGCCAAGUGUUUGUUGUAAUGCAGCUAUGCAGAAGUACAGCUAUGGGAAGGAAUGCUCUAAUUCUUACCCUUGGAUUCUUGGAUCCCAUCCACGAACUCUUAGGAAUGAAAUUUUUACGUCAAAAAAAAAUACAAAGUGAAAACAUCCCAUGACUUCCCUCAAGACUAAACCCGAAGUGAGAACGUUCUUCAAAGGUAGGGAAUGAACCAGCUUGACCAAUGAGGCAACCUCGAGUGAAGAAUCUGCAGUUUAAGGAGCCAAGAAAUCUUCCAAAGGAGAUGCUUGAUAUGGAUAGCCUAGUUAGGGAUUUCAGAAAAACUUCAGGGCUUGACAACGCCGGAGAGGCCAUUAUGGAGAUGAUAUAUGAUGAUGAUGAUGACGAUCUAGAAUGGUGUAGAGCUUCCAGAACCCGGUACUGAUGUAUGUAUCUGCUAGUGCCUGCACAUUCAGGCUUUACCUUAGCAGACACAACUGCGAGAAAGUUUACCAGCAUUAUAGGUGUCAUUGGCAGAUCUGUCAUGUUGGAACCAUUUGCAUUCCUAGGCAAGGUAGUUGUACUCCAACCCCACGGAAAUUAUUCUAGCCUAGAGGGACUCAAUAAAUUAGAAAAAGGAGU